AAGAAGUUAAGAACAGCUGGAGGAUCAGCCCGAGGGCGCGGCUUCACGUUCGCACAUCUUCCCUCCCACGUUGUCGGGCCAGCCCCAGCCAGGAGGUGGAACACGAAGAAAGCAGCAAACCUGUUGCCGGGAUCGCGUGGUGUCGGACGGCGCUUUCUGACGUGAAAGUGCUGCUGCUGGCUAAUGCCCGUUUGAGUGGUUUGACGUGGUGUGACCCGGGACGCAGCAGUGCUACAAAGAGACGAGUUUGAUGCCAAGGACCUGAUGCCUUUCGAAACACCCAUAUUGAAGGUGUCGCGGCCAGUCGCAGCGUGCUCGCGAUGCCGAAACGCGAAGAUCAAGUGCGAUGGCAAAUUGCCAGCAUGUUCCUCGUGCGAGAAGAAUGGAAGAGCUGCCGAAUGCACGAGUACUAACGACCAAUUUGCGCGAGGCAAGGAACGCAGUUAUGUGUCCACGCUGGAGACUCGCAUCGAAAAGCUCAAGGAGAAAUUGGAAGAAGCCCGCGCCCGAAAGCCUUCAGUGGUCGAUAUGCACGAGGAUGAGUUCGCCGCACGGCGACAAUCAUACCAAGUACCAGAACCGCCGACACCGAACACUCCCAAUCAGACCAAGGCCAUGAGGCGCAAAGAAGCCGCUACUAUCGACGACUUGGUAUCGGAUUUUGGCUAUCUGUCUGUCAACGCCACUGCGCGAGACUUCUACGGCUUUACUAGUGCCAUGUCCUAUGCGAGGUUGAUCUUGUGGGCUAGCAGCAAAGAGCCACUCCCCAAGUCUCUGGCUCAGGAGCUGCCAGCUCGGCAUCAGGCUACCGUUCUCAUUCAGCACUAUCUCAACAACAUCUUCGUCCUUCUGCCAUUGUUUGACGAGGCAAGCUUUUGGGGCUCCGUGGACAAUGUGUAUUCCCGCAACCAGCAUCAAGCCACGCCGCACGACCACUUCAUGGUUCGAGCCGUGCUGGCUAUCUCCAGUGCUUCCAUGUCACAACAGCGUGGCGAUCAACGCUACAUAGAGUCUAUAGGUCACAUCUGCGCUACCCUGACUCACUCUGAAGACGUACUUCGUCCAGGAGAAAUCGCGAGCAUACAGGCUCUGGUUCUUCUCACGGAAUUCGCGAUGCUCGAUCCUCACCACUUCGAUUCUUGGCAACUCAUCGGUGCGGCUUCCCGAGCCAUGGUUGAUCUCGGCCUGCAUCAGGAUCCUCCCAAGGGAACGGCCAUGCCCAGGGCUAAGCUAGAAUUGAGACGUCGAGUCUACCAUUGCAUCUAUGCUCUGGAUCGCUCUACAUCGCUCGUACAGACGCGUGCAUUCUCCUUCUCGGAUGAUAGUGCUAGAGUCAAGAUAUCAUUCUCGAAGCCUUCGAAUACGGCGUCAAAUUCGCCUCGUCCCAAUACUUCGCAAGGCCUAUGGCUCCAAACGUAUGAAUACGUCGCAGACCUAAUCAAGCUUCGCCAGAUACAGUCGCAGUGGUACAGCGAUUUGUUCCAAUCAGGCCGAUCCCGCUGGGAGGAACCAUAUCACUACAUCUGGGACACCUGCGACUCCAUGCGCAAAUGGUUCGACGGUUUGCCAUCUUCAAUGUCGGCUGAUAUGCGGGCUUUCUUUGAGCUGGACUUGCUAUACUCUUAUGUUUAUGUUCUGUCGCCUUCGCCAAGAGUUCCCGUGGUGCACCCUUUCGCGCAGAAGCUCGUCUUCGAGUACUGCACUCGGUAUGCCGAUCUAAUGCUCCGGUUGCUCAGCGAUCCGGCAUAUACUGCACCUCUGACGUUCUACGACGCUAUGCGAGCCUAUAUGACUGGACGACAGUUUCUUGAUGCACUGCAACAUAACACGGACGGUCUCCUGGCGGGUCAUAUACCAGCACAUCCAGAAGUAAAGCCCUCGGCUGCCGCGCCGCCACCGAUGCCCGUCGUGGCACUGCCACCGGGCGACACAGCACUCAGAUUCAAUAUUGUUCGAAGUAUUUCCUGCAUCAAGCAGAUAACAGAAUGCCUGUCACGAUUCGGAAUCCGCUGGGGCUAUAUGAGGUAA